ACUGAAGUCACCACAGCUGUAACAACUCCUAUGCCUACAAGUGAAGUCACCACGGCUGUAACAACUCCUAUACCUACAACUGAAGUUACCACAGAUGUAACAACUCCUAUGCCUACAACUGAAGUCACCACAGAUGUAACAACUCCAAUGGCUACAACAGAGGUUACUACAGAUGAAACAACUCCGAUGCUUACCACUGAAGUCACCACAGCUGUAACAACUCCUAUGCCUACAACUGAAGUCACCACAGCGGUAACAACUCCUAUGCCUACAACAGAGGUCACCACGGCUGAAACAACUCCUAUCCCUACAACUAAGAUCACCACGGCUGUUACAACUCCUAUGCCUACAACAGAGGUUACCACAGAGGAAACAACUCCUAUGCCUACAACAGAAGUCACCACAGCGGUAACAACUCCCAUGCCUACAACUGAGGUCACCACGGCUGAAACAACUCCCAUGCCUACAACCGAAGUCACCACAGCUGUAACAACAUCUAUGCCUACAACUGAGGUCACCACGGCUGAAACAACUUCUAUGCCUACAACCGAAGUCACCACAGCU